AUGAGUGAGGGUCUUCCUCAUCCGAGGCCUCUAGAGCCUCUGCAUCCAGUUACAAAGCCGAAAUACACUGGCACUGGUGCAGGUUCGAUUCGUGCUUCAAGAUUUGGAUUUGCAAACAAACCUAUUCUGCCUCCUAAACCGACCCCAAUUUAUCAGAAAGGUGCAGUGCCGAUUCCUAUCUUGAGUAAUGGUGUUGGGAGGUACACUUGUCUUCUGCUGCGACUGACUUUAGUGCGAUGCUCGUUCCGCUGUAGCCUGGGGCUCGAUCGCUGGAUCAACAACAGGCUGAAGAAGUUCUCUGAAGAAAAUCCCAACGUUGCCGUCUAUGUAAAGGAUGCUGGCGAGGGUAAUCACUUCACCAGAGUAUAUGGCAAUUAUUCGCACGGGAAGUCGCGUUUGUUCGACGUGAACAAGGACAAUGAGGAUGAAGUGGAUAAGAAGAUCCACCGCUUGCUGUACAUGAACGGCUUGAAGGAGCAAACACUGUGGAGAUACAAGCACACAGUUAACCCCUCUGUCCAGGGAUACUGGCAUCCGUUUAUGAACAAACCAUGGCGGAAACUGACGGAAGUCGACACGCCGAAUAUGAAGACAGAGCAAGAGCUUAUGCAACGACGGCUUAUUCGCCCGGAGACAAUUGAGACUGAAGUUUAA